AUGGGAAAGCGCAUCGUGAUCACCGGAGGCUCUGGUAAAGCCGGUCAACACAUUAUAAGAUACCUCCUCCAAGAAGGUCACGCCAUCCUAAACCUCGACCUCGUCCCUCUUCCCGCCGAACUAGAAGAGCAAGUCCACACAAUGCGCGUGGACCUAACCAACAGCGGCCAGGUAUAUAGCGCGCUGGGCUCUCAUUUUCGCCUCCAAGAGCCCUUCCGAGAACCAAUGGGUCUAGUCCCCGACGCUGUAAUCCACAUGGCAGGGUACUCGCGGAACAUGAUCGUUCCCGACGAAGAAACCUUCCGCGGCAACACGCUAUCAACAUACAACAUAAUUGAAGCGGCCUCCCGCCUCGGCAUCAAGAAAAUCGUCCUCGCCAGCUCAGUCACCGUCUACGGCGUCGCCUUCGCCGAAGGCGACGUAGACUACCCAUCUUUCCCGGUCGACGAAGACGUCGACACAAACCCGAUGGACACGUACGCGAUCGCGAAAGUGUGCGGCGAGCGCGUAGCGCGCGGGUUCGCCCGCCGGUACGGCUCGGACAUCUAUGUUUUGCGUAUUGGGCGUAUUGUUGCGCCGGAAGAGUACAAGGAGUCGUUAUUUGGCUCGUAUGUACAAAACCCGGAUCGAUGGGCGGCGCACGGCUGGGCGUACAUUGAUGCUCGAGAUCUUGGGCAGAUGUGUGAUCUAGCUGUGCAAAAGGAUGGACUGGGUUUCCAGAUUUUCAAUGCUACCAAUGACGAGAUUACAAAUUACGAGUGUACGCCGGAAUUCCUGGCUCGGGUGUGUCCUGGCGUACCGGUGACGCGGGAGUUGGGGGCCAGAGAGGCUCCUAUUACGAAUCGGAAGAUUAAGGAGCUUCUUGGUUUUAAAGAAAAACAUCAUUGGAUGCAGUAUUAUGAGUGA